UGACAGGUGGACCCGUUAGUUAGUUACCAACAACAACACGUUACGGCUGGGCUCUGUGUGAUGCACGGGGACAGCUGGGCGUCCGUUCGUCUGGGCGUUUACGUCAACAGAAAUGGAAAACGCACAGUGAGGAAUUAUUAGCCUAAAAAAAACAAAAACAAAAAAGGGGAGUCCCUGGUCCAAUUUUGGCAGCGUUGGUUCGGUGACUGCAGGUUGACCGCCACCGGAGUUUCUACUUCAUGUUAGCCCAGUAAGCUAACUAGCUUCUCGGGUCCGUGUCGUAUCGCAGCCGGCGAAGCUUGCACGCGUCCGUUGACGUUCCCCCCCCCCCACCCCACCGGCGGGAGGCAGCAACACGUAGGUCUCUGCCGCUAACACCUCCUCCGUCUGUUGGAAGUUGAGGCGGAAUCGACGUGAUUUGAGGCGUAGCCUCCCGCACACCGUCAGAGCUCCCGGCAGCCUAUCCCGGAGGAGGCUCAGCCGUCACACACUCGAGAUGAUUUCUGCCUGGAACUUGUAGCUAACGAGCGGCGGCUGUAAACAUCAACAUGGACCGUGCGGGCAGCCGGGCGACCAUGUAAGCCGUCUCGUCGCCUAAAUCUUUUUAUAUCGCGUCAGACCGCAAGUAGAGGAGGCAACGCGGGGUGGGAGAGAAGAGCACGUUUCGGCGCCACGGAGGGAACGGCGCAGAAGACCCAAGGUUACAUCCGAGGACUGGUCUCUCUCAGCUGAGGAGUCGGCGGCCACUGCGUCGCGAACUGGGCCGCCUUGGCACGUCCGUAUGCCCUCGCCUACGCCCGCCGCGAGAUCCUGAGGGCAGGAAGAGACGGACGGACGUGGAGGGAGGCAGCGGUAGCGGUAGCUCCGGCUCUCUCUCCCCCCCCCCCUCCACCCCAUCCCAUCCCAUCCAUCCCCUGACACUGAGCCGUGGAGAGGCAUCGCUGAAAUGAGAUGAGGCUCAGAAAUGGAACUGUGGCCACUGCGUUGAUUUUCUUCACGUCCUUCCUCAGCCUGUCCUGGUACACAGCAUGGCAGAAUGGCAAAGAGAAGCUGAUAGCCUACCAACGGGAGUUCCACGCUUUGAAAGAACGGCUUCGUGUUGCAGAGCAAAGGACGCUGCACCGGUCGUCGGAGCUCAACCACAUUCUGGAGCAGUUCAGACGGGCCAUCGCCGAGACCAACAGCAGCAAAGAUGCGCUCACGAACUUCUCAGAUGAGACGCAGAAACUACUGAAGGAGCUCACACGCAGGAAACCUCUGCAGGUGCCGAACAUCUACCACCACCUGCCUCACCUCCUCAACAAUGAGGGCAGCCUGCAGCCGGCAGUCCAAGUCGGUCUUGGACGCACAGGAGUUACCAUGGUGAUGGGGAUCCCCACAGUGAAGCGAAAGGUGAAGUCGUAUCUGUCAGAGACGCUGCGUUCGCUAAUAGACAAGCUCUCACCGGAGGAAAAACUGGACUGUGUCAUCAUCGUGUUUGUCGGGGAGACAGACCUGGACUAUGUUCACAGCGUGGUUGCUGGCCUCGAAAAAGAAUUUUCCACAGAGCUCAACUCGGGCCUGCUGGAGGUCAUCUCGCCACCAGCCGCCUAUUAUCCUGAUCUGACCAACCUCAAAGAGACUUUUGGAGACUCCAAAGAAAGAGUCAGAUGGCGAACAAAGCAGAACUUGGAUUACUCCUUUCUCAUGAUGUACGCUGUGAGCAAAGGGGUUUAUUAUGUCCAGCUGGAGGAUGACAUUGUGGCCAAGCCCAACUAUUUUGCUACCAUGAAGAACUUUGCUCUGCAGCUGUCCUCAGAGGACUGGAUGAUCCUGGAGUUCUCCCAGCUCGGCUUCAUCGGAAAAAUGUUCCAGGCUCCGGAUCUGAACCUCAUAGUUGAGUUCAUCUUCAUGUUCUACAAAGAGAAGCCAAUCGACUGGCUGCUGGACCAUAUACUCUGGGUCAAAGUCUGUAACCCUGAGAAAGAUGCGAAACACUGUGAGCGGCAGAAAUCCAGCCUUCGCGUGCGGUUCAGACCCUCGCUGUUUCAGCACGUCGGACUCCAUUCUUCUCUUGCUGGAAAGAUUCAGAAACUCACAGAUAAGGACUUCCUGAAGCCGCUGCUCCAUAAGAUGCAUGUUAACCCCCCCGCAGAGGUCUCCACUUCAAUGAAGGUUUAUCAGGGCCACACUCUGGAGAAGACGUACCUUGGAGAAGAUUUCUUCUGGGCCAUCACCCCUUCUUCUGGGGACUACAUCCUCUUUAAGUUUGACAGACCGGUUAGCAUAGAACGGUUCCUGUUUCGCAGCGGUAACCAGGAGCACCCGGGGGACAAGAUUGAGAACACCACAGUGGAGAUACUGCCUUCCUCGGAAAGUGGACUUCAGACCAAAGAGAAGUACAAGCGAACUGAAGAUCGCUUUUACCGGAUCGGUCAUUUUGAGAAAGGUGUGGCAGAGGGGGCUGUAGAUCCAGCCUUCAACCCCGUUGUUGCCCUUCGGCUUUCAGUUCUGAAGGACUCCGCUGUGUGGGCCAUCCUCAGUGAGAUACAUAUAAAGAGGUUGUCUGGCUGAUUGCUCUGGAGGAGGUACAUGAAUCACAGCCCCUGGAGGGCCAAAAUCUCCCAGACUGCUAAUGCGGGGUCUCUAGUACCUAGCAACCAGCAGAGAAGUCAUUAGAGCUUAGAGUUGUGUAGGCAAUGCCAGCUCUCUGUCCCCGUUCUUCCCGAUUCACUCUUCUUUUGCUUCUUAUUUAUCGGCUCCUCCCUUUCUUUCUCCACGACUCCCACACGCUUGCGAAGGCCGUUUUAUUUUCGAGAAUGUGAAUACUACUGUCUGCAGUCGACGAGGAGGGUGUGAAGACAUCUGCUCGCAGCCCAGGCUCUUAAAGUGACUGUGUUGCUGAGCAGCCCUGAAACCAAUCAGAUAACUGCUGGAUGAACGAGGCUGGAUCUUUACAGGUGGAGAGAACCGGGCCCGCCUGGCCAGUGGUAGAGCUGCUGCCAAAUCCCUCUCAGUUACUCAAUGCUGCCACGCCUGGGCGAGCAGGGGCAUCGCACUGUCUCUAGUGCCUCAGCAAACCCAGCGGUGAUCAAGAAUGUCGACGUCUCUAAUGGCCAGCCGCUCUCCGUUCUCGACAGAAGCUGUGGAGGACUUCCACCCACUGACACGUGACUCUAGAUCAACACCAGCCCAAAACAAAUAUCCUUUCUUCACUCCAAUCAAACAAGUACGCGGGCUGUUGUUAAGCUGCUGAGUGUAUUGUAACUAAAUCCAUCCGGGUGGUAAAGGGCAGCCUAGAGAUCCAUAAAGAAAAUCAGCACCAUGACGUCUAAUCCUUCUCAUGUUUGUCUGAAGCUGUUUGACCUCUAGGUCUGCCUGUGGUAAACUCACUUGGACAUCAGCCAGGCAACAUUGCCCCGAAGAAAUAUAUUGUUAUACGGAUAUAUUAUUAUAGCUAUGACUGACGAUCUAUGAAGUUGAUUUAAUUUAUUGGAAAUAAAUCUUUAAUUUGUACAAGAGGUAAAAUAUAUUUUUAUUCUAAAAGAUGUUUACGGUAGUUAUGAGUCUGUGUUUUUAUGUACUUUUUUCUUUUUAAUCUUAACUCGCUUCUGUACAUUUUAUAUCCAUCUCAAAAGUCCCAAAUCUACGGAUUAGUUGUCAUUUGAAGGAAACCUGAGCGGUAGGAGGGUUGUGCUGUUUAAGUAGUAGCAAGGUUCCUACUAAAUUUUAAAAAAGAAAGUGUGCAGAAAACAUUUGUUGCUAGAAUCUUCUGUGUUCCCUUUUUCAAGAACAUAAAAAUCUAUAGUGCAAAUAUUUAUUUUAAAAAAUUUAGCAGGAUAGGAUGUGGGACACCAGGAACAAAAUAAUAUUGCAUUCUUGGUUUCGAUAUGUAUGAGGGGAUGCUUAAAGGUAUAGAGCCAGUUAGAUUGGAAUAACACAGCUGUCAUGGAAAAACAAGCUUGAGUCCUUAUUUCCGUACAAUGAGACAAUGAAGCGGGUAGUACAUUUAAAAAGGCCCAAACCCUGGUCUCUCCAUAUAUUCUGAUAGUUAACGGUUCUACCAAGAAAUUUAGUUCAAGGUUUUGACUAAAUGUGCUCAGGUUCUUGAUUUCUCAAGAUAAGAUGAUACAACGUACAGCAAAAAUGACCUUGACGUCUUGGUAUCUCGACAUGAGAAAUUAAAAGCUGUAGAGCUCGUCGUCCUGAGAUCAGGAAACGUAUGGCAGAGAACAUGCUGUGCAUCUUGAUAUAAUAAGAUAAGACUUUAUUCACUUACAAUAUCUCGAUUUUUAAAAAGAGUGAUGCUGUUAUUACACCAAUGCAAUGUCUAAAUGUUGGUAUAUUGAGAUAGCAACUAUACCAACAGAACUGGCUAAAGAUAUGGCUUUGUUAAAAGAUAUUAGGAUAAUUUAGCUUUUAUCACACACAAAAAGACAAAACUAAAUUUAUACCUCUGUUUCCUCAAGAAUAAUGGCUCUCAGUUUACAUAAGGGUGCCAUCUUUUGGGUGGAUUUACUACAAGAGCCAGGGAGGUCACCAAUGUCUCUCCAGCCAGUUGCACUCCCAUUCAUCUUCUCUGUGUGUCAUUAGUGGCUGAACCGUAGGUUAUAAAACAGGUUUUCUGACAGUUUGGGGACUUUUAAUGUUUGGCGCACACUGAUGCUAAACUGCAAAUAGUGUCAAAGAAAAUGGAAGGAUGAGGGUUGACCUAAUUGUUUCACUUGGUUGAAAUGGUCAGAAAAUAGGUCUGGCUGUUUUAAGUCUGAAACAUCUGGAAUCUUGAAGGGUAAAUAAAGGUGGAGAAACCAUCUGGUUGUAGAUAAGAGUAUAAAUAACAAAAUGUGCCUUAUUAACACCGUUAUCUUAAAUUUCCCCCCGCAAAUCUUUCCAAUCUAUUCCCUGUCUGUUUUUAUUUUAUUUUUGCCUAAACAUAAAUUGAAGGCUGGAUAUAUUGAUAUUUGAAAAAAAAAAUACUGAGUAAACUCAAGCUAAAGAUGAUAUUACUGCUGAUGGAAAUUAGUGAAGGAGGUAGUUUCAUCAGAUUACCAUCUGACAUAAAGAUGUUUGCACUGCUUUAUUUAAUUUUUAUUUAAUUUAAUUUUUGUUUGAAUCACACCGUCUUCAUUGUACCUUACAUUUUGUUUUCACACAAAUUUGAAACAAAUUCAACAAUUUAUUUCGUCACUUUCUUUGAAUGGACGGGAUAUGAUGACUACUGAUGGCAGGAGUGCAACUCUGAUUGUACAUACAUUUAAAAAUAUAUACUCUUAUCACUUUUUUCUUUUUUGAAGUAGUUUUUGUUUUUUACAUUUCCAUGUAUGUGGCCAACUAUCUCAGAUGAAACUGUAAGUGAAACUUGAUUGAUCUUUUGUAUUAGUGAUUGUUGUUUUCACUGUCAAGGGGUUAGUGAAGUGCCUUUUUAGGUGGGAUUGUUUUCUAAUUACUCUAAUUAUGGCUUAUCAUGCUUGAAUUCAUGAUUUUACUUGUAAUUUAUA